GGAGCCAUGGCCUCUGAUGCGAGCCAUGCGCUGGAAGCUGCCCUGGAACAGAUGGAUGGGAUCAUUGCAGUCCCAGGUAAAUCAUCACAGUGCUGCCUGUAACGAAACCUACCAGGAACGCCUGGCACGGCUAGAAGGCGAUAAAGAGUCUCUCAUACUACAGAGAAUCUGAGGGUUCCUCAGGAAAUUUCUUUCUGCCACAUACGUGCAGUAUGGCUUUGGCGUAUGUAUGACUGAGAGUCGUGUUUUGGCCUGUGGAGCACAGAAACCCUCCUGGAGCCAAGUUUUGUCAGUGCCACUACAUGCCCUUUACGUUCCACAUUUCUUAAUUACUUCAAAACACUUGCCUGAUAGGUGAACAGUCCCCACACCCAUAUGAGAGAGGUAAGGUCAUUGGUUGGUUUCCAUAGAGGUUUGGAUCACUCUUCCCCAUGAGGUGGCAGAGCUCUGGCAAGAGCUAAGAUAUGCCUGGAGGUCGGGGUGCCUUAUUAGAGGAAGAAGGAGCAGGAGUCCAGCCCAGAGGCAGGUCUCGUGCCUGUUGGGUGCUUUCCUCUUGAGUCUAUCAAGAGCAGGAACCUGACUAGCAUCAUUAGAUCGUGGUAAGAGACUUCCUGGUAAGGUAAGACUCCAACUGGGGUUUCCUUCCUUCAAGACACCCUCUCACCUCCACUCACCUAAAAGCAAGGCCAUUUCUCAGGUGAGCCAUAUCGAUUCCCUUUCACAUCUUGGGGACUUCCCUGACUCACACACAGUCCCAGCUCUUCCACUGUUGCUUAUGUUCUACAACAGGUGAGUGUCCUCACAGACCAAGUGGAAGCCCAAGGUGAGAAGAUUCGGGACCUUGAAGUGUGUCUAGAAGGACACCAGGUGAAGCUCAAUGCUGCCGAAGAGAUGCUUCAGCAGGAACUGCUAAGUCGAACAUCUCUAGAGACCCAGAAGCUUGAUCUACUGACUGAAGUGUCUGAGCUGAAGCUCAAGCUGGUUGGCAUGGAGAAGGAACAGCGAGAGCAAGAGGAAAAGCAGAGAAAAGCAGAGGAGUUACUGCAGGAGCUCAAGCACCUGAAAAUCAAAGUGGAAGAGUUGGAAAACGAACGGAAUCAGUAUGAGUGGGAGCUGAAAGCCACUAAGGCUGAGGUAGCCCAGCUGCAAGAGCAGGUGGCCCUGAAAGAUGCAGAAAUUGAGCGUCUUCACAGCCAACUCUCCCGGGGUGCAGCUCUCCACAGUGACCACACAGAGAAAGACCAAGAAAUCCACCGUCUGAAAGUGGGGAUGGAAACACUGCUUGUUGCCAAUGAAGACAAGGACCGUCGGAUAGAAGAGCUUACGGGGCUGUUGAACCAGUACAGAAGAGUGAAGGAGAUUGUGAUGGCAGCUCAGGGGCCUUCAGAGAGAACUCUUUCAAUCAAUGAAGAAGAACUUGAGGGAAGCGUCAGAAAGUGGAACGCCACAAGUAAAAGCCCUGAAGAACUAUUAAAACAAGAGAUGCCUCAGCGAUGCAGCUCUCCCACUGUGGGGCCACCUCCUUUGCCACAGAAAUCUCUGGAGACCAGGGCUCAGAAGAAACUCUCCUGUAGUCUAGAAGACCUGAGAGGUGAAUCUGGAGAUAAGCGUGUCGAUGGGAAGCAGCUGUCCCCAGUGGUAGAGCCCAAGGACAGCUCUUUCCUGGUAGAGCAGAAAUACCCUACAUUACCUGGGAAGCUACCAGGAGCCACGCCCAAUGGAGAAGCUGCCAAAUCUCCUCCCACUGCCUCCCAGCCUGACUCUGCAGACAGCAGCCUACUAAGGCUGAGAGAAACAGAAAGUGUCUGGGAAGAUACCGUUGUGGCCAAUGAGCUCUCAUCUACUUCAUCGGGUACGGAGUCAAGCCCCCAGUCUCCCCUGACACCAGAUGGCAAACGAAGCCCCAAAGGCAUCAAGAAAUUCUGGGGAAAAAUCCGAAGAACUCAGUCAGGAAAUUUCAACACCGAUGUACCAGGGAUGGCUGAGUUUCGACGAGGUGGACUCCGGGCAACUGCAGGGCCAAGACUUUCUAGGACCAGGGACGCCAAGGGACAGAAAUGUGACGCCAAUGCCCCCUUUGCCCAGUGGAGCACAGAACGUGUAUGUGCAUGGCUGGAGGACUUUGGACUGGCUCAGUACGUGAUCUUUGCCAGGCAGUGGAUAACAUCUGGCCACACGCUACUCACAGCUACCCCUCAAGACAUGGAAAAGGAGCUGGGAAUUAAACACCCCCUCCACAGGAAGAAGCUGGUUUUAGCAGUGAAAGCUAUCAACACCAAGCAGGAGGAGAAGUCUGCGCUGCUUGACCAUAUUUGGGUGACACGGUGGCUUGAUGAUAUCGGCUUACCCCAGUACAAAGACCAGUUUCACGAAUCCAGAGUUGAUGGACGCAUGCUGCAGUACCUAACUGUGAAUGAUCUACUGUUCUUAAAAGUCACCAGCCAACUGCAUCAUCUCAGCAUCAAAUGUGCCAUCCAUGUGCUGCAUGUCAACAAGUUCAACCCCCACUGCCUGCACCGGAGGCCAGCCGAUGAGAGUAACCUUUCUCCUUCAGAAGUUGUGCAGUGGUCCAACCACAGGGUGAUGGAGUGGCUGCGAUCUGUGGACCUGGCAGAGUACGCACCCAACCUCCGAGGGAGUGGUGUCCAUGGAGGCCUCAUUAUCCUGGAGCCACGCUUCACUGGGGACACCCUGGCUAUGCUUCUCAAUAUCCCACCACAGAAGACACUCCUCAGGCGCCACCUGACCACCAAAUUUAAUGCCCUGAUUGGUCCUGAGGCUGAACAGGAAAAGCGAGAUAAAAUGACCUCGCCAGCUUACACACCACUGACUACCACAGCCAAAGUCCGGCCUAGGAAACUUGGAUUUUCACAUUUUGGAAACAUGAGAAAAAAGAAGUUUGAUGAAUCGACAGAUUACAUUUGCCCAAUGGGGCCCAACGAUGCUGUGGGUGACGGUCAGAGAGUCUACAGUGGCUAUCGGGGUCUCAGUCCUCUUGAUUCCCCCGAAUUGGACGGGCUGGACCAGGUGGGACAGAUAAGCUGACAGACACCCUGUCACCUGCCCUCACUGUGCACGGAGAGCUCACCGUAACACCGUGUGUGUCACCAUUUAACUGCACCUCACCCCACUACCCUCGUGCAUGACUUGCAGAGAAUGUUCCCAGCAAUUAUGCAUCUCUGGGCUGCUCUCUUUACACCCUGAAAGUGGACAGAAUGUGCAGUUCCACAUCUACAAAGGGGCCAGGCUUUGGGGACUGUUGUCAGAAGUGGACUUGGGGAAGACACCUAAAGAUACUUGUACACGUUUGGUAGUUUUUAAUAUCCGUCUUCAUCUGGAAACACGUGCAUGUAGACACAGGUCCAGAAUUCCUGGACAGUCCCGGGAGGCUCAACUCUUAGAAACCUCCACUGUGCUCCGGUUAGGGGAAAGUUCAAGUGCCUUAGGCCCGUGGGUCACAGAGUCUUGUCUGAGAAUAAAAGGACAGUGGGGAUUUAGGCCGUGGUGACGGUGUAAUUUGGUUGUGCCUUACUACAGGGGCGGUCACUUCUUUCUGAUAAUAAAAACUAUUUAUAUAGAAAGUAAA